UCGCCCCUCGCGGCUUUGGACCUGGCCUCACUUGUGCCGGGUAGUACUUGUGUCGUCGACGGCCUUUCUUUCCAUUUAGCUACUGAGGACGAUGUUGUCCUGGCCAUUGAUGUUUUGUUGCAUCUUUCCUCUGUCGGAGGCGUGAGAGAGCUCUAUAUCGAAUGGGGCGGGGAGCCCCCCGCGAAGACUCUCACAAAGCUCGCAGAGGCCAUCUGUUCCUUGCCCGGCCUUUUGUAUUUUGACUUUCACUAUCCGUUUGAAGAGCCUCUUCAGGUUACCUUGCGUAAUCUUGAUGUUGAGGUGAUGCCAACCCUUAAAAGACUCGAAAUCAUCGGAGAUAGAAUGGAUCCCUUCGCUGAAUUGUUACUUAAAAAGCAUGCAGAUACACUUCAAGAAGUUCGGGUUUACCAUAGGGAUGUUCCCGUGUCGUUGCUGAUGGUGUUGCCCAGGCUCCGAUCUUUGGCUUGUUUGUCGCAUAAAGAUUUGGCCCAGUUGUCGAAUCUGGAAAACCUUGAUUCAUUCGAGUUACUGUACGACCUCGAGGAAGUGCCUAAAGAAAAGGACGUCUUCUGUCCCGGCACUCUCAAGUUUCUACGUCGGGCGUCGCAUCUUAAAAAUGUGACAUUGCCAUUGUAUUCCCCUGCCAAUUUAUUAGCAUUGAGCCGUUCCUUUUCUUCUGUGGUUGUUGAGGCACUUGAUUUAAAGUGUUUCCCUGGCUUUAACUUUGAGGGGCUCAUUGAUAUGCUGCACCAGUUCCCUUCCUUGAGGACCCUUAGUGUGGAUGCGGAGCCCUCGGAUGACUUCUUGCGCACAAUCAGCCCUGUGUCCUUGCCUCGCCUCGCCACGCUGGUUGUGUAUCCUCCCAAGAACCCAAGCAUCCACGCAUGGCUCCACGAACCCGCCAUCCAGGAUCUCCUCAUCAGGAAUCCUGAUCUGCACCUGUUUAUUCAUAACAGAAGAAGCAGAGAAGUCUACGCUUGCCUCUGCGUUUGGUGCUGUCGGGGUCGUCGCAGCAGCGAGGCGGAUUGUUCUAAGCAACCGGUUUCGUCUCACAAAAGAAAGGCUGGCUGCAACUGCUUUCAAGUGGCUGUGUCGCCCUCUCAGCCCACUGACUAAUCGGGCCUUGCGGUUGAACUCAGUCGGCUGGUGAGUAGUACCUUCCGUAGUCUUUGUUUUAUACAAUGGACAUUGCGCAACUUCGCGCGAAAUAAGUAAUGAAACUUAGGUAUGAUUUAAAAACAUUCUAUAAUCAUUAUUCUGAUGUUCAGCGCACUAUGUGCCUUCCACAUAUGCUCGAUUUAUGAAUACCAUUUUUGUUUUCACAUACUGUGUUCUUGCUAGA